UCCACUUUCAGUAAUCGAUACACAUCCUGAGAAGCAGUGUGUCGCCCCGUGUCGUUGAGGCUGUGACUAGCGAAAUGUUCUGAAGGUUUUGUGAACUUCUACAUCUAAUAAUUUUCGAAUGAAACGUUAUUACGGAAAAGUUUAAUAAGGUGUAUAGUAGUACACUGAGUGGCUGAACAUAUUGUGACAUCACAUCUCUGUGCUCGGGAACGCUGAAGAACUUCACAAACUUUGUGUAUAAAACCAAGUAAAGGAAGCUUGAAGCUGUCUCCAGCGGUCACACCCCGGUUCAGUCACACACCCCGUGACCUGCCACGGUCCAGUCACACACCCCGUGACCUGCCACGGUCCAGUCACACACCCCGUGACUCCUACGGUCCGCUUACCCUGGAGACCCUGCCAAAGGAUACCUCUAUAGUCCUCCCAGGACAUCAAGCAGGAGCAAUGAUCAGGACGUCGUCGUCGGUGACGUCGUUGGACGAGAUCAGCGCUAGUUAUGACGUAGAAGUUGUCGACCCUACCUUUGUGCCAAAGGUGGUAGCGAUUCUGUAUGGGCACAGGGCAUCCAUAGAGUCUGUGGUGGACACUGAGCUGGGUACAGAGUCCAGAGUACUCGUACUCUACACUGGUGGCACCAUUGGCAUGGUACGCAAUGACAGGGGAAAGCUGGCGCCCAUACCCCAGGAGCUGGAGGCCAACAUCCGCCGGUACCCACACAUGCAUGAUGAGACCUAUGCUACCAAACGCUUCAAUGGCCUCAACAACCCUCCUCUUGUUCUCCCGGACUGCAAGGAGAAGCGUCGAGUGGUGUAUUGGGUUUAUGAAUAUGAUCCCCUCCUAGACUCCUCCAACAUGACAAUGGAUGACUGGAUCCGAGUUGCUAAGGAUAUUCGGGGUGUGUACGAAAUGUUUGACGGGUUUGUGGUGUUGCAUGGAACGGACACUCUGGCCUAUACUGCUUCAGCUCUUUCCUUCAUGCUUGAGAACUUGGGCAAGCCUGUCGUCAUAACUGGUUCCCAGAUCCCCAUUUUUGAGACUCGAAGUGAUGGAAGAGACAACUUCGUAGGGUCAGUGAUAAUGGCAGGGAGCUACACUAUUCCUGAAGUGACGGUAUUCUUCAACAACAAGCUGUACCGGGGAAACCGCACCGCUAAAGUAUCUACAGGCAGGCUGCAAGCUUUUGAUUCCCCAAAUAUGUCCCCGCUGGCUAUUGCUGGCAUCUCUAUUCAAGUUGAUUACCGCUCUGUGUUCCGUCCAACCUGCCUGGAGAAAUUCACGGUGUUUGACAGUCUGAACCGCCAUGUGGGUAUUCUGCGGAUAUUUCCCUCCAUUUCUGCUGAUACGGUUCGUUCAUUCCUGCAACCUCCCAUGGCUGGAGCAGUGAUUCAGACCUAUGGUGCUGGCAACAUGCCUUCUAACCGAACUGAUAUUAUGGAAGUACUAAAAGAGGCAACUGAGCGAGGAGUUAUCUUGGUCAACAUUACGCAGUGUAUGCACGGUUCUGUUGAUACAGUGUAUGAGACAGGAGAGGGCUUAGUGGAGGCAGGGGUGAUGGCCGGUCUUGACAUGACCCCCGAGGCAGCCCUUACCAAACUCAGUUAUGUCUUGGCCAAGAAGGAGUGGGACAACGAGACCAAGAAAGUGAUGAUGACUACUAACCUACGAGGUGAAAUGACCGCAGUCAGCCAGGAAGACGAGAUGGAAACUAGGGAAUUGGAUGUCAUAAGUUCCAUUGCUCGUGUUCUCCAAUUGUCCUCCAGUGAUGACAUUGAACAUGUCAAGGAGCUUCUAAUUCCUACGCUAUUCUUUACUGCGAUUGUAAAUGCAGACAUAGCACGCCUUGACGAAAUUUACCAUAACGGCAUAGAGAUAAAUCUGCAGGAUGCGUCUGGCUGGACAGCUCUACACAUGGCAUGUAAUGAAGGCCUGAGUGAGGUUGUGACCUGGUUGCUUCAACACGGUUCUUCAGUUCACGUCCGAGACAAGUUAGGACGUACACCCCUCAGUGUGGCAAUUGAGAAUGACUACCACAAGAUAAUUGGCCUGCUAAUCAGGACAGGAGCACAUUUGACCGAUUCUCCAACAAGACUUGGAGAGGCUGUUGUGACUGCAGCGGCAGCUGGCCAUGCACAGAGACUCUUGUCCUAUCGACUGGCUGAAGCAGACCUCUCGUGUACUGAUCCCUGUGGCCGCACCGCCCUACAUGCUGCUUGCACUGUGGGAUCGGAAGAAUGUAUUCGUGUACUGCUAGAUGCUAACGUCCCUACUGAUGUGCGCGACCGCACCGACCUCACACCAAUCAUGUGUGCUGAGAUUAACAAUAACCACCACUUGGUAGAACUAAUAGCUGCUCAUGAGGCAAGAAAUGGAUAAAGAGGAGGAGAUGCGUCACAGCAUGAGGUCCUGAAGACCAUCACUAAGGGGUAAAGACUUUCUGGCUUCCAUCUGUGGCAAUGCAUCUUAAUGUGUAGAUCUACAUAUCCACAUGUGCUCCACCACUCCAAUUAUCAUGUGGUCGACUUCCAUCAUGCCUGCAGAUGUCAUCAAGCUACCCCACACCAGAAGUCGGUAUUAUGAAGUCUACAGUUGUUCUCGUGCAAACCUCAAUAAGUAAUGUUAUCCAGUGCG